GCGGCUGAUUGGUGCGGGAGGUGAGGUGGGCGGGGCUCUGGGCUGGAGGGUUUGUUGUGAGGGUCGGUUGUCAAGCAGCGGCCAAUCAGGGCAGGGGAUGGAGGCAAGUAGGGGUCGCGCCGGGAGCAGAGCCUCGGCCUUCCGAGCCGCAGCUGCAGCCCAGUGUUGAGCUGAGAUGGCUCAAGCCUGACAUUCCAUGAUCCUGGGCCCUGACCGAUGUGUACAGGCUGCUGCUGCUGUGGAUGAUUUAAAACCACGAGGCGGUCCGGGGCCAGGAGACGAGGAUUCCUCUGCCUGGAUGUUUGGAAACUCCUUGCCAACUUGAUUGGUGGAUCUGGGGGGGAUCCACCCCCACCCCACAAGGAAAGCACAGUCCAUUUUGUGGGUGGGGCUUCAGGUGCCAGCCAGCGGAAGGAUGGCCACUCCUGUGGUCACCAAGACGGCCUGGAAGUUGCAGGAGAUCGUCGCGCACGCCAGCAAUGUGUCCUCGCUGGUGCUGGGCAAAGCCUCCGGGCGGCUGCUGGCCACAGGCGGGGAUGACUGCCGUGUCAACCUGUGGUCCAUCAACAAGCCCAACUGCAUCAUGAGCCUGACGGGUCACACGUCCCCCGUGGAGAGUGUCCGCCUCAACACCCCCGAGGAGCUCAUCGUGGCUGGCUCCCAGUCGGGCUCCAUCCGCGUCUGGGACCUGGAAGCUGCCAAAAUUCUUCGCACACUCAUGGGACACAAAGCCAACAUCUGCAGCCUGGAUUUCCACCCAUAUGGCGAGUUUGUAGCCUCUGGUUCCCAGGACACGAACAUCAAGCUCUGGGACAUCAGAAGGAAAGGCUGUGUCUUCCGAUACAGAGGCCACAGCCAGGCCGUGCGCUGUCUCCGGUUCAGCCCCGACGGGAAGUGGUUGGCAUCGGCCGCGGACGACCACACGGUGAAGCUCUGGGAUCUGACUGCCGGCAAGAUGAUGUCUGAGUUCCCUGGUCACACGGGGCCUGUCAACGUGGUGGAGUUUCACCCCAACGAGUACCUCCUGGCUUCCGGCAGCUCCGACAGGACGAUCCGUUUCUGGGAUCUGGAGAAAUUCCAGGUGGUGAGCUGCAUUGAAGGGGAGCCGGGGCCUGUCAGGAGCGUCCUGUUCAACCCCGACGGCUGCUGCCUGUACAGCGGCUGCCAGGACUCCCUGCGCGUCUACGGCUGGGAGCCCGAGCGCUGCUUUGACGUGGUCCUCGUCAACUGGGGCAAGGUGGCCGACCUGGCCAUCUGCAAUGACCAGCUGAUCGGCGUGGCCUUCUCCCAGAGCAACGUCUCCUCUUACGUGGUGGAUCUGACACGGGUCACCAGGACAGGCACGGUGGCCCAGGACCCCGUGCAGGACAGCCGGCCCCUGGCCCAGCUGCCGCCCAACCCCAGCGCCCCGCUCCGGCGCAUCUACGAGCGGCCCAGCACGACCUGCAGCAAGCCUCAGAGGGUGAAGCAGAACUCGGAGAGUGAGCGCCGCAGCCCCAGCAGCGAGGACGACCGGGACGAGCGGGAGUCGCGGGCGGAGAUCCAGAACGCCGAGGACUACAACGAGAUCUUCCAGCCCAAGAACAGCAUCAGUCGGACGCCGCCCCGGAGGAGCGAGCCCUUCCCAGCACCCCCAGAGGACGACACAGCCACAGCCAAGGAGCCCGCAAAGCCCAGCCCAGCCAUGGACGUGCAGUUCCCGAUGCCAAAUCUUGAUGCCCCACCCGGGUCCCCGGUCAUCACUUCCACCCCCGCACCCAAGGCCGAGCCAGCCAUCAUCCCUGCCACCCGGAACGAGCCCAUCGGGCUCAAGGCCUCCGACUUCCUGCCCGCCGUCAAGAUCCCCCAGCAGGCGGAGCUGGUGGACGAGGAUGCCAUGUCACAGAUCCGCAAAGGCCACGACACCAUGUGUGUGGUGCUCACUAGCCGCCACAAGAACCUGGACACCGUGCGGGCUGUGUGGACCACCGGCGACAUCAAGACAUCAGUGGACUCGGCCGUGGCCAUCAAUGACCUGUCGGUGGUGGUGGACCUUCUGAACAUCGUCAACCAGAAAGCCUCGCUGUGGAAGCUGGACCUGUGCACCACGGUGCUGCCCCAGAUCGAGAAGCUUCUGCAGAGCAAGUACGAGAGCUACGUCCAGACAGGCUGCACCUCCCUGAAGCUGAUCCUGCAGAGGUUUCUGCCCCUGAUCACUGACAUCCUGGCGGCGCCGCCCUCUGUGGGCGUGGACAUCAGCCGGGAGGAGAGGCUGCACAAGUGCCGGCUCUGCUACAAGCAGCUCAAGAGCAUCAGCCGCCUCGUCCAGAGCAAGUCCUGCCUGCGCGGCCGCCACGGCAGUGCCUUCCGCGAGCUGCACCUGCUCAUGGCCAGUCUGGACUGAGGAACCCAGGGCGCCUCCGCCCCAAGUCCCGUUCCCUGCGCGCCCACCGGCCCGUGAGCCUCGGCCCGGCCCCCGCUGCCGCCCUGUGGCCAUCCUGGAGGCAGCGGCGCUGGCCCACUGUCACCUCCACAGCCCCGGAACUCUGAGACAACUUCCUCUCCAGCAACGGCUGCCCAGCUUUGCCCAACUUUUGCUUCUCUUGGGGCAGCGAACUGAGCCCCGGGGCUGCUGCUGUAAUUUAUAAGGUGAAUUUUAUUAAAUUUGUAACUAGU